CUUCUCUUGCUUAAUUAUUUAUGUAUGCUAUAACCUAAUUAAUCAUCGACAUCAUUGUUACAUCAAAGGCUCUUCUCAUAUAUGUAUGCUAAAAAUACUCUCAUGGAAAACAUAGAAAGCUCAGAACUUUCACAACAAUCUCAAAACCCUAUUGAAAUAGACAAGCCCUAUGAGAAGAGAGUGAUGAAGAUUGAAAAAGUAGGAAAAAAGAUUGAGAAAAAGUAUCUUGGGGUGAGACAAAGACCUUCAGGAAGGUGGAUCGCUGAGAUCAAGGAUUCCUCACAGAAACUAAGGCUUUGGUUAGGAACUUUUGACAAAGCAGAAGAAGCUGCCUUCGCUUAUGACUCUGCUGCAAGGCUUCUUAGAGGGAGAAAUGCCAAAACAAACUUUCCAAACCCUGGAAUCAUCAACAAUCAUCAACAAGACUACACCAUUUUGGGCAAGAAUCCAAGGUCUUACCAACUUCUUAAGCAUGCAGCUAUGAAGAACCAUGCACUUUCACCAUCUCUUUAUUCCACAUUCAUGCCCACCUGGAAAAACCAGAUCAUGAUGAGAGAUCAACAUCACACCCUUGUCGAGGAAACUAUAGUUUGUUCCAUUCCUCAACAAGGCUCUGCCUGCUGUGGAAUUUCUUUCGGAAGUUCUAAGGUUUAUUCUUCUGUUGUUGUAGCUCCUUCUUUCAGUGUUUCUUCUCAUGAUGAAACCGCCUAAGCUACCAUGUCUUGCUGCAAUUAUUGCUUUGUUAUGUCUUUCUUGAACCCUAUUUUGUUAUCUUCACUACAUAUAUGAUAUCUGUUACAUGCAUGCUAUCACCAGAUUAUGAUGAUGAUGAUGAUAUGAUACACUCACCAUGUGAUGCAGUAAGUAUUAU